AUGGGCAUCCACGCUGUUAGCGUCAUGCUAGAGGCUCAUAAUAGAGAUGCCCAACAUGCUACUAUCGCCAAGUUCAUUCAAAAUGAACUUGACGCAGAACGCGAGAAAGUAUCCUUGCUUCACCAACAAGGUUCUCAACAAGCAAAGUUGUUGAGAGAACAGGGUGCUCAACAGUUUGAACUGUCGAGACAGCAGCAGGCUGCUGCUGGUGGGUCGAUGCAUUCGCGUCGACCCGAAACCUUGAAGAUUGACAUCUCCAAGUAUAGGGGAGUCGAAGAGGGCUCCCUCUUGAGAUGGUUCGUCGAAUUGGAUGACGCCAUAAGGGCGCGUCGCAUCGACGACGGGGAUAUGCAAGUUGCAUUUGCCCAGUCAAAUCUGGCAGGACGUGCCAAGACUUGGGCACUGGGGCUCAAGUUGCACGACCCAUAUGCGUUUGGGUCGUUGGAAGUCUUCAAGUCGCGGCUCAGACAAACGUUUGAACCGCCUAGAGCUGAGUUCAGAGCUCGAACCGAACUCUUGAAGCUCAAGCAGGGUAAGCGUGAUGUGCAUGUCUGA